GCACUCGCUAGAGUACUCGGAAACCUCGGGAAAAGCCGAUAGCUGGAGUCUUUGGCUUGGACCGGCUUCAUAGACGAGACGAUAAUUAACACGAGCUGCCCACUAGACCGUAUCGGACCCAUGAAUAUUUCUAAAAGCUUCUACUAAAGCUUCUCUAAGAAGAAGUGGCUUCUUUUGAAAUACGACACUUUUGAAAAUAUUAUAAUGGAUUCGACACAAUUUUAAAGGAUUAAAUAGUGAAUCACAAGGACGUGCAAUAACGAAGGGAUUCGCGGUAGCCUUCGAGGAAUGCGGUGCAUGAACAUGAUUGGCGCGAUUGGUGACACGUGACUAGUGUACAUGAGAGACUGUCGUUGGAAUUAACAAUCCAGAGAUUUGCAACUGCGUGACAACGGCGGAUUUGCGACGGAGCGAUCUAUUGACAGCAGUGGACAGUGAAAACGUGUUUCUUUGUCAAUAUAGUUUCAUUAUUAACUUUCCAUUUCAUUGUAUCGGACAAAGGUAUUUUGAUAUAUGAAGUAUUUUGAUAUUUAAAAUGAGCGUUGCACUUGCGGCUAGGGAUUCCACGUAUGCUCUGCAACUCGCCAGGCAGCAUCAUUAUCCUCAUCGCCACGUGUUGUCGCCGGUGAUGCCGCAUCAAGUGGUUCGUUCGCCGGAUCGCCAGCGAAACGUGUCACCGUUGCGCUUCAGCGUUGUUAACAUUCUCAAGCCAGAUUUCGGUAGCAAAGCCCUUCGCACGAAACAACCUGUAUCGUUACAUAGACCAUCGCUUUUGCUUCCGAGGGAUCUCAGCCUAUCGUCUAGCCGACUGUCACCGCAGUUGGUCCACAAAGAAAAGGACAAUUUCUCGUCUCACAAUGGACUCACGCCACCACCGUCUAAGCAGAACGGGCUAAGCAGAAGCGGCAGUCUCGAAAGUCUCGCGUCCAGCAGGAGCUCGGUCGCCAGUAAUACGGUCACCGGUCCAUCCUCCUUAUGCUCUACGUCAUCCAUUGUCGGCGAUUCUCUAAACGGCGACGCCACAUCCGGCGGCAGUUCCGGUAGCACGUCGACAAGUCAGCAAAAUGGCACUAAUGGCCAAAACCAGUUGUGGCCCGCGUGGGUCUACUGUACCAGAUACUCGGAUCGGCCGUCCUCUGGACCGCGCACGAGACGAGUCAAACGUUCGCAGAGCGGGAGCGUGAAGAACAGCACGCCGGAAGAGAAGAGGCCCAGAACGGCCUUCAGCGCCGACCAACUGGCCAGGCUGAAGCGGGAAUUCACAGAGAAUCGAUAUUUGACGGAGAGAAGGAGGCAGCAGCUCUCACGGGAGUUGAACCUGAAUGAGGCGCAGAUCAAGAUUUGGUUUCAGAACAAGCGGGCGAAAAUAAAGAAGGCGAGCGGACAGAAAAAUCCGUUGGCCCUACAGCUAAUGGCGCAAGGUCUUUAUAAUCAUUCCACCGUGCCGGUGGACGAGGACGGCGAAGAGAUCGUAACCGGAAGAAAUCAUUGAGACUCGCAUAAAUUCAAAUGGCAGCGACGAA